CAAUACUCUACUGGGAGACGAGUUGGCCGAUGCUAUUCGUGUACUCGACGUCUCCCAGGACGAACUAGAGGGUGCUCACUCUCAUCAAGGAAUUCGAGACAGUUUUGUCGGGCAGACCGAAUAUAGCUUUCCAGGGGUUGCGCGACAUGCAGCUCUGUCGUGGUACGAAGGAAGCGGACGACGGGAAUUAUGAAGAUGCCCAUGUCUUCAUAGUGGUCAACAUACAAGUCCGAUUACGCAGCUGAUUCAUCUUCUUUCUUCUGCCAAGGAAGGCAUAAAGAAGCCUUCUAUUUCUUUGAGUUAUACAGUGUUACCCAAUUUCUACGGUGAUCACGAAUGGUCAUAUCAGGAGCACACACAUGAGCAUGACAUUUUUGAGUUAGUAUUAUUUGCGAAAGUAAAUGAGACUUGUUCGUCUACUAUCAGAUAGUAUCUUCUAAUUCCCGGCAGAGGGCUACGAGCAAUUUGAGUAGCACUUUGAGGAGAAGAUGUUUGGGGUUCCUCUGCUGCACGUAAAGCAGCCUCCGCAAGACUUCGAUCUUGGUGUGGUCCGUACACAAGGACACGAAACCCGCGUCGAUGAAGGACACGUCGGAGAGAGUGAAGUUGAUUUGCUCUCGUCGUCGGUGCCGUCAUCGACAUCUCCGAGCUCAGGAGCAUCUUCGGACUUGGAAAUCUUUAUGUCGUCUGAUGAGGACGAAGAUGAAAUAUUACCACCCGACGUGGACAAAGACUACAACAGAGACGGUCUCGAACGACAGGCUUGGCAGGAGGAUGAUCCUUGGAGAACGCGUCGACCACCACCUCCAGCAGCUUCCGGACCGCUGCGUGCGCCGAGUCCUCCAUCGUGGCGGUUUAGUGGGCGAAAUUUCAAAG